AUGGAGGGUGACAAUGUGGAACAAGGAGCUCCUCCCCAAGCUCUGAUUGACCCUUUGGCUGAGAAUGUAACAAUUGCGGAGUUUAGGUCAGCUUUCCAAAUGUUAGUACAAGUUAUGACGACACAGGCUAACAGAGAGGUGGUAGCUGCCAUGAACCCAAUUGUGGGUAUGACCGCUUCAAGAGUGAGGGAUUAUGCAAGAAUGAACCCUCCAGAAUUUCAUGGCUCCAAAGUGGAGGAGGAUCUUCAAAGGUUUAUCAACGAGGUUUUUCCCCUUGAAUUGAGGGAAGCAAAGGUGCAAGAGUUUGUUAAACUUCUUCAAGAAAGUAUGAGUGUUGAGGACUAUGCUCUAAAGUUCAAUCAACUCUCCAAGUAUUCUCCAACUAUGGUGGCAGACUCAAGGGCUAAGAUGAGUUCUUCAAAUGCUUCUCCUAAGCUUAACAAGGAUAGGGUGUCUAACCCUAAACCUCACGGAGGUGAUGGAGGUGACUCUUCUAUGGCUAGGUCUACAUGUGUUAAAUGUGGGAAGAAACAUAAUGGAAACUGCCUAGCCAGAACGGACAAUUGCAAUAGUUGUGGCAAGAGUAGACACAAGAUGAGAGAUUGGUCGAUGUUCAAGGUUAAGGGGAGAGAGGGAAAGCAAGCCCCUCCUAGCGGUUCAAACUUCAAUGCUCUGAAACAAAACCACGUUUAUGCUCUUCAAUCUCUAGGUGACCUAGAGAGAUCCCCAGAUGUAGUCACUAGUCUGUUAAAAGUUUUUCUUCAUGAUGUGUAUGCUUUGUUAGAUCCCGGUGCUACUUUAUCAUUCGUGACGCCAUAUGUGGCGAUGAGAUUUGAUAUUCCCUCAGAAGUGCUAUUAGAAUAUUUUUCUGUCAAUACCCCUGUUUAUAACUCUGUGGUGGCUAAGAGAGAGGAGAUGAGCGUUAAUAGAAGUAAUGGUAGCCUAGUGGCCCACGAAGACGACAUUGCAAAUCUCAAUGAUAGCAAUGACCCAAACCAAGUGGGUGGUGUUGGUGCCGUUCGUUUAUCUCCAGCUGAAAGAAACACUAUUUUCACUUCACCAACACCAUGCUUCAGCUCCUUCAACUGA